CAGAGGGGUGGGGGUGGGGCAUUCUGUGUGGCACAGUUGAGAAGGCAUGGAGGUUUUGUUUCCACUCUCAAGGUAGGGUCUUGCAUUUUAGAGUUUGCAGUCCUUCAUGAUUAUAUCAGCCUAUGAUGUCGGAAGGACUUUAGCCAAGGUGCACUGAAGCUGAUGCUGUGGAAAGAAGUCACAGAGAAAGGACACUAUCUGAAGGAUAACAGAUCAGAAAGACUGGAAAGGACACAGCCAGAGGCUGUGCCUCUCACAGGUAGACAGUAGCCACCCUUUAUGCAGCCAGAAGAGAUCUGGAGCUAAUGCCUGUGACUGAGGGUCUGUGUGUCAGGGAGAGCUGCUGCUGAUGGACGCAGGCCACCCACCAUCAGCUGAUUCACAAUGGCCAUAUCCAUGGCAGCUUCUUUGAGACACUCUGCCUCCUUGUCUUCUCUGCAGAAAUACCAAGUGGUUACCUACGAGGCUGGCCAAGUGUUUCAGACUUGGGCUCCCCACGUGAAGGACUUGAGGCGGGCACUGGUAGCACCAGGACCUCUGUGUGUCAGGUUAGGGGUUUUGUUGCUGUUGGUACUGAUUUUCUUGCCAAGCUUGUACUGUGACCCUGGAUCUGUAUAUUACUCUUCUUAUGAAACAGUCAUCCCCAAGAGUCUGACAGCCAAGGGAAGGGAAGACCCAGGGGAAAAGGCAUCUUAUGUACUAUUAAUGCAGGGCCAGAAACAGGUGAUUCACCUGAAGGUGAAGAGAGACUAUUUUGUGAGUAACUUUCCAGUCUUCAGCUACCACAAUGGUGUCCUGGGGCAAGAAAUGCCUUUCAUCUCGCAUGACUGUCACUAUGAAGGCUACAUAGAAGGAGUCCCAGGUUCUUUUGUUUCUCUCAACACCUGUUCGGGCCUCAGGGGCAUCCUGAUUAGGGAGGGAAAACCCUAUGGCAUUGAGCCCAUGGACACUUCAAAACGGUUUGAACAUGUGCUGUACACCAUGGCACACCAAGCUCGAGUCUCCUGUAAUGUCACUUCCAAAGGCAGCCAAGUGGUGUCCACCAGCCGGCAACAAGGGAGCAGGGAGCCUCGCAGUCUACAGGCACCGUCCUCCUUUUGGUCACACACCAAGUACGUGGAGAUGUUUGUCGUGGUCAACCACCAGCGGUUCCAAAUGUGGGGCAGUAACGUCAAUGAGACAGUCCAGAGAGUAAUGGACAUCACCGCUCUGGCCAACAUCUUCACUAGGGGAAUAAACACAGAGGUGGUGUUGGCUGGAAUGGAGAUCUGGACCGAGGGGGACCUCAUAGAAGUCCCAGCGGACUUGCGAGUUACACUCAGGAAUUUCAAUAGCUGGAGACAGGAGAAGCUGUUCCAUCGUGUGGAGCACGAUGUUGCCCACAUGAUCGUUGGACAUCAUCCUGAAGGGGAUGCGGGGCAGGCAUUUCUCAAUGGUGCCUGUUCGGGAGGCUUUGCAACAGCCGUUGAAUCCUUCCAUCAUGAAGAUGUCCUCCUGUUUGCAGCGCUCAUGGUCCAUGAGCUCGGGCACAACUUGGGUAUUCAGCACGACCACUCAGCCUGCAUUUGUAAAGAUAAACACUUUUGCCUCAUGCAUGAAAAUAUCACUAAGGAAAGUGGCUUCAGCAACUGCAGCUCUGACUACUUCUACAAGUUCCUCCGGGAGCAUAAAGGGGCCUGCCUAUUUAACAAGCCUCGGCCCAAAGGUCGCCUGCGUAGGCAAGCCACGUGUGGAAAUGGUGUGUUGGAGGAGGAUGAACAAUGUGAUUGUGGACCUGACUGUGGUAAUAACCUUUGCUGUGACCAAACAUGUCGGUUGAAGGAGCAGGCACAGUGUAAUGAUGGACUAUGCUGUUUUAAUUGCCAGUUCAGACAUAAAGGAUUCAUGUGUCGCUCUGCUUUGGGAGAGUGUGACCUCCCAGAGUAUUGUGAUGGUUCUUCUGGUAAAUGCCCCACAGACCUCUAUAAGCAAGAUGGUACAGUGUGUGAUAUAAUUCACUAUUGCUUUAGAGGCCGGUGUAAGAACCCUGAUAUUCAGUGCAUGGAUAUAUAUGGUUCCCCUGCAGUGUCUGCUCCAGAAGACUGUUAUAUUUCUAUGAACAGCAAAGGUAACCGGUUUGGGAACUGUGGCUGUCCUACUGCAGUUGUCCCAAGAUAUGUUAAGUGCUUUGAUGAGAAUAUAUUUUGUGGGAAACUUGUAUGUACAAAUAUUACCCAGGUACCACCAAUAAAACCUUACCAUACUGUGAUCCAGGUAGCUCACAAAGAUGACUGGUGUUGGAGCAUGGAUGCCUACAACAUCAGUGAUAUCCCUGACGAUGGAGAUGUGCACACUGGCACUCUCUGUGCCCCACACAAAGUCUGCAUGAAUUACUCUUGCACUGAUCAUGUCGUGCUCAAGUACGACUGUGAACCAAAAGAAAUGUGUAAUGGGAGAGGAGUUUGCAACAAUUUAAAGCACUGCCAUUGUGAGGCUGGCUAUGCCCCACCUGACUGCAAAGCUCCAGGAAAUGGUGGUAGUGUGGACAGUGGCCCUCCUGGCUAUCUAGAUGAUGGAAUUCCACGUGAAGAUAAAAGUAAAAGUCAUAGUUUUGAUCGUGGUAAUUUUGGUAAAGGUGGUGAGAAUGCAGAUGAAAGCAAAAGCCUUGGCAACUUAUUGUACAUAUUCCCCUUAUUUCUUGUAGCAAUAUUUUUAAGUCUGAUUAUUGCUGCCAGUGUUGGGGCUAGAAAGGAGAUAUCACAGUGCUCACAAGAGGCUCUAGAAGAAACUGAAGAAGUAGCUGUACAAAAAGAAGUAGGCAGAUUAGAGGAAGAUGUAGAGGGAAAAAAUGAGUAGUGGUAGGAAGAAGUCUAAUAUAGCAAAUACCAGAAUACUUGGUGGAAUGCAGGUUCAGAACAUGAAGUCCACACUGAUGGUUGCAAUGGCCCUAUAAAUAGGGACUCUAUAGUUUGUAGACAUGACAUCUGGGCAAGGAGGGCUUUUCUCAUUCAAUUUAGUCAUGGAUUAUAUAUACAUAUAUCUAAAAUAUUUUGUUAAAAUAUUUUAAUACUUUCAUUAUCACAUUUUAUUAAACAUUUAAUUUAAACUUUUCUCAUGAAACAUUCAGAUCAAUAUCUUAUGUUAGUAGGUCUAAUUUUGAGAUACCUGAUGUUUAGGGAAUGUCAUCUUCCAUCUACUAUGCGGACAUACAGAUAAUAUGUCCACACAUAUAUGUCCCUAUAUAUAUUGGGGUCCCAGGUUUUUCACCUCAUUCAUAACUACACAUUACAUUGUUUCUAUGUUGGUUGUUCUAAUUGCUCUGUGAAGUGUAUCCAUGAAAUGAAAAGAUUUUAAAUUAAAAAGUAAAUAAAUA